CCUGUCAGCAUGGUUUUCGGAAGGGUUGGCUGCCCUGCCACAAUCAGCUGAUGCGAAGAAGGCCCAAGACUGUUCAAAAUGGGACGAGUUUUCUGCUUUUUAAUCCUUGUGACAUUGCUUCUGGAAGUGUCUAGCCUCGCACUGGAGAAAGAAUUUCAGAAGUGUGAAAAAUCUGCUUAUCCACCCCCAGAAAGUGACCUGGUGCCGACGUUUGAGGUGGAUCUUGACUUGCCCCCACUACAGCGAUGGGCUCCGCUUAUGAGGGUGAAAGGACCCAAACUGAUUACUUUGGUGGAUGAUGUGAAGGAACUUAUACAUUCUAUUGUUGGGGAGAAAAUCUUCAAUACAAUUAUGAGUAACCUUCCCAAGGUGGCAACCUCUCUACCAUAUCCAUUCUACGAAGAGAUGGUUGGAAUUGCAACGUUUUCAGGCAUGCCACUAAGUCUUGUGACCCUCUAUAACAUAUUCUAUGAAGCCUUUACUCUUUGUACAUCCAUCAUUGCCCAAGAUCCAGAAGGGCAUCUCUACCACGGCAGAAACCUAGACACUGGAGUGUUUUUAGGAUGGGAUGCAAAGAAUCAUACCUGGAAAGUUGCGGAGAAGCUGCGUCCACUUACUGUCCAACUUGAUUGGAAAAAGAAUGGGACUACACUUUUCCGAUCUGUCAAUUUUGCUGGAUAUGUUGGGGUCCUUACUGCAGUUAAGAAGGACAAGUUCACGUUUUCCCUGGACAAGCGAUUUGCUCUGAAUGGAGGCUACAUGGGGCUGCUAGAGUGGAUCCUCUUCAACGAUUACAAGCAAAGCUGGGUGGCUUUCCUUACACGUGAAGUGAUGGAAGAGGCUGCCAGCUAUGAUGAAGCACAGACGAAACUCUCAAAAACAAGACUUUUAGCCCCUGUCUAUUUCAUACUAGGUGGCAUCAAGCCUUAUCAGGGUUGUGUAAUCACAAGAGACAGAGACAAUUUCAACAUGCUUAGUCUAGACAGCAAGAGCAUUAACACAAAGCUGUGGUUCCUCGUUCAGACCAAUUAUGAUCACUGGAAGACACCUCCUUUCUUUGAUGACCGCAGAACUCCAGCAACCAAGUGCCUAAAUGAGGCAGGACAGAAAAAUGCCUCCCUGGGUCUGAUUUACAAUGUACUCUCUACAAAGCCUGUCUUGAAUAAGGAAUCCGUCUAUACCUCACUCAUGGAGGCUAAGUCAGGUCAACUGCAGGCCUGGAUCCGAAGCUGUCCUGACCCAUGCUGGCCAUGGUAGAUGUGGAAGAGCAGGGUUAAGAACAAUUGAUUAGGUAGUGAAGGCGGGAUAAAAUUGUUUUAAUUUCAAUUUGGUACUGAUUUGAACGAAGAAUUCAAUGUAAUGUAUAUGAAAGAUUUAUUCA